ACUUCACAGUCAGCCACAGAAUUCUGCCAUCAUGGUUCCCCUUGGAAACCUGCGAAGAUUCUGCAGCAGGCUCACUUGGCAGCAUUUUAGAUUAGCUGAAGCAUCUUCAAUAAAUUGGCUGUCUUCGGCUGUCAGUUUAUUAGCAGCUUAUCAGCUUAGUUGUCAAAAUGGGUGGCUGUUGGUCAUGUGUGGCCUGCAGGUCUCACCCAGAGGCAGAACCAAAGGAUGAAGAUGAAGAGGGGGCACUGACAGGUCAUCCCAGAAACCCAACCCAUGUUGUACCAUUUUCUGGGGGACUCCCCAAUGUUUUGGGGGACACUCUGGGGAAGGAGCUCACUGAGGAACCCUCCGUGCCAGAACCUCUUACAGCACCUGGCAUAACCAACGACAUCCUGGAGGAAGAGCUCACUAAGGAACCCUCCGUGCCAGAACCUCUUCCAGCACCUGGCAUAACCAACGACAUCCUGGAGGAAGAGCUCACUAAGGAACCCUCCGUGCCAGAACCUCUUCCAGCACCUGGCAUAACCAACGACAUCCUGGAGGAAGAGCUCACUAAGGAACCCUCCGUGCCAGAAGUUCGGCUGCAGCGGUGGGAAAGGGAAGAUGUUCCUGCAGACCCUGCUGCACUUCUCCAGCCCUCUGGGUCUGAGUCACCAUUGUCCUCUGCCUCCCUUGAGGUUGCCUCCAUCCCACCCUCUACCUCCACCUCUUCCCUCCUCCUGCAUCCCUCUCCACCUCCUCCUCCUUCCCCACCGCCUCUGGAGCCGGACCUCAGCAAUGUAGAAGAAACUCUGCAGAGUUUGGUAGAGAUCCAGGUCGUCUGCCAAAGAGACCUCCGCAGCUGCCAGGAAUGUGUACAAAGCUUCAAGGCACUGAGGGGACAAUUGAGGCGGCUAAGGAGCAGACUGGCCAGGGUGGAAGCCACUAUGGGGAUCGUGGUUCCUCCAAGGGAGCUGUACGUUGCUGAGGAAGGAGGGGAAGGCAAAUUCAAAGAGACAACUGUGCUAUUAUUUACAUAAGUAGCAAUAAAAUGCUAUGUAUUUAUUUUUAAAAUAUUAAAUAUUUGUUUUAAUAUGAUGUAGAGAUAGAACAGCAAUAAAACUUGCAUAUUUAUUGUUUAAAAAAAUAAAAUGUUUUAUUUUAA